AUGGACCUGCUAACACAGCUCGACAACGAUAUCGAUCUGCUGCUCAAGAUCAUGUCAUCAUCCAUCGCAUACAUCUCACGCAAGGCAAAGCAUGCGCCUCUGCCCGACUCCACUAUCCCGCUCACGGUGCUCGGUAAAACUGAGGCGGUGUCCGCCGUCGAACUGGAUGCGUCCAUCUCGGAACUCGUCGCUGACCUGGUCGACAAGGCGGAUUCGAUCCGUGAGAUCAUCGAGCAUCUCCCCACAGAGGCGAGUUUGGGCGGCGAUACCGAGUUGCAGCAUCAACUCAUGGCCAUGCAGUCCGAGCUGCAGACCGUCAACAAAUCGUACAUGCAGCUAAGCACACAAGUGGACAGCUUGAGCGCAGAGGUACGCGAGCUACUCGGCUUGCUCACCCAAUCCCACAGUGACGCAAGGCGGUGGUUGGUUGACCAGCUCGACGCCCAGUGUACUCCCGCACCCAUAUCGAUCUCAGCCACAGACGCUUAG